AUAUCCUUGGCCCUGAUCAGUGACUUGGCACUAUAUCAUUUUCUACAUAGUUGUUAUUGAGAUCAAAUUAGAAAAUUUUUCAGUAUUUUUUUUUUGGAAUUUUGGUUUAGGCUCAUAGUGGAUAUUGAAGAAGAAUAUAUUGUCAGCAAAAGUGGCAGUCUCCAUACUGUACAUUUUAACUGUCUACUGUGACAUUUACCGACAAAGGGGAAAUUGAAAUGGCUUGUAACAGAAUGGAACGGGUAAACUCUUAGAGCAACUGGAUUCACAGCUGUAAUGUCCCUCAUUCCCCAUCUACCCUCUGUGUUCAAGGAUGUUUGCUGAAGCAUUAUUUCUAAAAGUAAAACAUAGGAAACCACCUUAGUUAGCAACCUGAAUGCUUAAAUAAAUCAUGGUAUAGUCACAACAUGGACUGUUAUGAAGCAUGAAAGGCAUACUUUCAAAAACUGAAAACUUUAGUAUUAAGUAAAACUAUAUAUAGCAAAUACCAAUUUUGUUUGGAAAAUUGUAUAUUCAAACACAUGUACAUAGAAGAAAGAUUGAAAAUUUAUAACAUUUUGGCCUUGGUUAUUUCUGAAUGGUGUGCUUGAGAACAAUUUAGAUUUUAUUAUUUUCCAAAUAUUUUUAAUUCUGCAUAUUGCUUUUCAACAAUCAGAAAAUAACCACACAGGAUCCAUUUUUAUAAAAGGACACAUAGGGCAGAUAAUUGGUUUUUCCCGUGAAGUGAAGUCCUACAGGAAAUCAGAGCAAAUACAUGUUUAGUCAAGAGGUUAGCAGAACUCCAUGCAACAGCAGCAGGACUACAGCCAUCCACAGGUGGUCUCCUUGAAAUAAUGGAAUUUUCAAUGCAAAAAACAUUAAUGUCACCUCAUCCAACUUUCCAUGUAGGGAUCCCAAAGACAACAGCCUGUGCACCUCCAAAAUUGACUCUGAGCUUUUGGACACACAGGUCCAGUGUUCCGGGUGUAGAACCUCACUGUUCCAGUCCAGGUUGUCUCUGGACCAUGUGGACAGAGUAUUUCCUUACAUUGGUGCAGAAUUUGUCUCCUGGUAUUUCUGCCAGUGGUUCUCACUCUACCAGCUUGUGGCCAUAAAGAGCAAGAAUAAGCCUUCUUCAAUACAGAUGUCCUUUAAAAUAUUUAAAUAUGAGUGUGUAUUUUUAACAUUCAUUGAGGUAUAAUUUAGGUAUGCUAGACUGUACCCAUUUAAAGUGGACAACCAGCUGUGUUUAGACAGGUAUAUACAGCCACCAAAUCACCACCACAAUCAAGAUGUAGAACACUUCUUUUCCUCCAAAGCCGCCUCGUGUAUUUUGCUUUCCAUCCCUCCUUUCACCCUGUUCCAAGCAACCUUUGUUCUGCUGUCACCAUAGGUUAGUUUGUAUUUUCUAGGGAUCGUGCAGUACUGUAUGUACUUUAAACAAACAAACAAAAAAAAACUGGCUUAUAAAAGUCCUUAACUUUUUCUUUCACUUUAUGAAACAGUUUUAUAACAUCCAUUCUUUACCUUUAUGGAGCCAUCAUAAAAGCUGUUUUAGACUUUCCUUUCAGAUAAUUAACCAGACAGUGAAAAUGCAUUAUACAUUUUGCAAGUGAAACUGUUCUUGCCUCACUUAAAUGGUAGUAUUGGACUAUAACCCUUGGGGCAUCUUCUGGUUUUAACACUGUAUGAUAUUAUAACAUGUUUUCAGUUACUAUUCAAAGAUAAUUUUGGAUAUUUGCUUGAAAUCAGUCCAGUGACUAAUUGAAAUUCAGUAAGAUGUUAGGGUUUGUUUGUUUGUUUUUGGUUUUACAGUUUUCUAAUUAUUUCUGGGAAUUAAUUCUUCAUGAUUUUUUACAUGGUGAAAACAAUAUUGGUAUUUUCUUCUCUUUUUUAAGAGAUAGGGUCUUGCUAUAUUGCCCAGAUUGGAGUGCAGUGGCUAUUCACAGGAGUUAUCAUAGCACACUACAUCCUUGUUCUCCUGGACUCAGGUGGUUCUCCUGCCUCAGCCUCCCAAGUAGCUGGGAUUAUAAGCACAUACCACUGUGCCCAGCUUAACAUUGCCAUUUUUGAAUUAAAGUGACAGAGGAACAUUUAUAAAAAGAAUAUGGAAGCUCAUAGGUACUCCCAUUCCAUAGGAAGAAAACCUGCUUGGGUAAAAUCUAAGUGGUAAGGUGAAUACAACAAUAUAUUUUCAGCUCCCCAGCUAUAAUCAAAUGGAAAUGAUUACGACAUCCACAUUUUUGUCUCUUGAUUUUUUUUUAUGGUUCUAAACCACACCCAUGUUGCAGGUUGGCCUUUCUACUGAGAGUAAGUUCCGUCGAGAUUAAAAUCUGUAGUAAUAGGCAGAACACUUCUGUGUGGAAUUGCUUCUUUUCUUUGGUCAAACACCAGCUUUGGCAGAGGAUAGACACAGCUUAGGAAGACUGAAUUUUAAGUCUUCUGAACUGUUUUUCUGGACUUCCAAAUCUCAAGUGAUAAGACCAGCAGAAGCAGUUUGUCUUACCUGCUCAGAAUACGAAGCCCCCCACCCCCUCACCGCUCAACUUUCAAAGGCUGAGACAGGAGGACUGCUUGAGGCUAGGAGUUCAAGACCAGCCUGGACAACAUAAUAUAAAGACCUGAAGAUAGUCUUUUCUGUCCAAAGAUGGAAAACAGUACUACUACCAUUUCUCGGGAGGAGCUUGAAGAACUACAAGAAGCGUUUAAUAAAAUAGAUAUUGACAAUAGUGGGUAUGUCAGUGACUAUGAACUUCAAGACCUGUUUAAGGAAGCAAGCCUUCCUCUGCCUGGCUACAAGGUGCGAGAGAUUGUGGAGAAAAUUAUAUCAGUUGCUGACAGCAACAAAGAUGGCAAAAUCAGUUUUGAAGAGUUUGUGUCACUAAUGCAAGAAUUAAAAAGCAAAGAUAUCAGCAAAACAUUCCGAAAAAUAAUUAACAAGAGGGAAGGGAUUACUGCUAUUGGAGGAACUUCAUCUAUUUCCAGUGAAGGCACACAGCAUUCUUAUUCAGAGGAAGAAAAAGUGGCUUUUGUUAACUGGAUAAACAAAGCCCUGGAGAAUGACCCUGACUGUAAGCAUCUCAUACCCAUGAAUCCCAAUGAUGAUAGUCUUUUCAAGUCACUUGCAGAUGGCAUCCUUCUUUGCAAAAUGAUCAACUUAUCUGAACCAGAUACAAUUGAUGAAAGAGCCAUCAAUAAGAAAAAGCUCACGCCAUUCACUGUUUCUGAAAAUUUAAACCUAGCCCUGAAUUCUGCCUCCGCCAUUGGUUGUACAGUGGUCAACAUCGGUGCAUCAGAUCUCAAAGAAGGAAAACCUCACUUGGUCUUGGGACUUCUCUGGCAGAUCAUCAAAGUUGGCCUUUUUGCUGAUAUUGAGAUUUCCAGGAAUGAAGCUCUGAUUGCAUUGUUAAAUGAAGGUGAGGAACUAGAGGAGCUGAUGAAGCUUUCUCCUGAGGAAUUACUGCUGCGAUGGGUGAACUACCAUCUGACCAAUGCAGGAUGGCAUACCAUCAGCAACUUCAGCCAAGACAUUAAGGACUCGAGAGCCUAUUUUCAUCUGCUUAAUCAGAUUGCCCCUAAAGGUGGGGAAGAUGGACCUGCCAUUGCCAUUGACCUUUCAGGAAUUAAUGAGACAAAUGACCUGAAGCGUGCUGGACUCAUGCUUCAAGAAGCAGAUAAACUGGGCUGCAAGCAGUUUGUUACUCCUGCAGAUGUGGUUUCAGGCAAUCCUAAACUUAAUUUAGCUUUUGUAGCUAAUUUGUUUAACACAUACCCAUGCCUGCACAAGCCGAAUAAUAAUGACAUCGAUAUGAAUUUACUGGAAGGAGAGAGCAAGGAAGAGAGAACAUUUCGGAACUGGAUGAAUUCCUUGGGAGUCAACCCAUACAUUAACCAUUUGUACAGUGACCUCACAGAUGCUUUAGUGAUCUUUCAGCUCUAUGAGAUGAUCCGAGUGCCAGUCAACUGGAGCCAUGUCAACAAACCUCCUUAUCCUGCCCUUGGAGGGAACAUGAAGAAGAUUGAAAACUGUAACUAUGCAGUGGAACUUGGGAAGAACAAGGCCAAAUUCUCCUUGGUUGGCAUUGCUGGGCAGGACCUAAAUGAAGGGAAUUCAACACUUACCCUGGCAUUGGUAUGGCAGCUGAUGAGAAGGUACACAUUGAAUGUGUUAUCAGAUCUUGGAGAGGGUGAAAAAGUAAAUGAUGAAAUUAUUAUUAAAUGGGUCAAUCAGACUCUUAAAAGUGCAAACAAAAAGACUUCUAUUUCCAGCUUCAAGGAUAAAUCUAUAAGCACAAGUUUACCUGUUCUAGAUUUAAUAGAUGCCAUUGCACCAAAUGCAGUUCGUCAAGAAAUGAUCAGGAGAGAAAACUUAUCUGAUGAGGACAAGCUGAACAAUGCUAAAUAUGCCAUUUCAGUUGCUCGGAAGAUCGGUGCCCGGAUAUAUGCAUUACCUGAUGACCUCGUAGAAGUAAAACCAAAGAUGGUUAUGACGGUGUUUGCAUGCUUAAUGGGAAAAGGACUGAACAGAAUAAAAUAAUCAUUUCAUAUGAUUUUCUGCCACAUUAAACAUAUUGUAUGCCUCACAGUUUACAGGAUACUGAAAUGUAGUGGGUGUGUAAAACCAGAGAUUAUUUGUAUGUUCAAAAUAGUUAUAUAUUCAUUAAUGAAUUCAAUAUCCUGUUCAUACUAGUUAGAGCUGGUCAGCCUUUUUGGAUAACACAGUUAAUUUACCAACUGAUAAAGAUAAUAAAAUACAUUCAUAAUCAAGCUGAUACUUCAUGAUUAAAUUAUUUUUGUUGCUUAAAAGUCAUAUUAAGAUUAAUUCUUUUUUAUGGUUCAGAAAAGAUGAAUACAAAAAUUUUUGCAGGUUCUGCUGUGAAAUGUGUUUUGAUUUUUUUGUGUGUUAAUUUUGAUCAUAAAUGCAUUCAUACUCAUAAUCCAGUUUAAUCCUUUUAUUUGCUUCCUCCAACUAUUUAAAGUGGUCCAAAAACACUUUUCUGUAAGUUUCUAUACUGUCUAAAACCUUCUGGUGACAAGAAUUGUUUAUUAAUAUCAAACUUUUUAUAUAUGAGAACUAAUUAUUGAAUAAACCCCAAAGUUCACUCUCUUGUUUAAGUAGCAGCAGCUUUUUACUUAAAAUUUAAUUUUAACUACAUUGAUACCUUACAUAUCCUAGUUUGGUAAUACAGCUUUAACUAUGUCAUGCAACACAUAUAUGUUGGUAGGAUGUUAUUAGAGAUACAUGUGUGCAUAUAUAUUUUUUUGCACCUGUAUCACCCAGCUUUUCGUAAGUGGUAUGUAUAAUUGGUCAUUCAGCCAAUCAUCAGUAUUUUUCCCCCACAACAUGUGUAACACUUUUCAGUUUGUGGAUAUUGGAUACAUUAAGAUUUCUUUUUAAAAGUCUUCAUUUUGAAUGUGCAUAUAGUUAUUUGACUCCUUCCAAAUACUUGUAGCCAAACAUUGGCUAGAACAUCCCAAGAUAUGUUGACACUAUCCUGUUAGCUUCAUAUCAUACUUGCUAGUUUAGGUCUCUAUAGAAGCCCUAUAUAAUUUAGAAUAUGCCCACUGAAUAUCUUUAAUAGAAAGUAACAUAAAGCUAUAUUAAUGUAGAGUAUUUUCAUUUGUUUUUUUGUAGCCCGUUACAAAUUGGCAAUGUUUGGUUAAUGUUUGUGUUACUUGGAAAUCGCUACAGCUUGGCCCUAUUUUUUUCCUAAAUUUUUAGCAUUAAUCCAAUUCUGCUGCUAACAACUGAAGCCAGAAAUCUAAUUCCUCCAUCUUCCACUCUUAGUGCAGUGAGCAAUACUGUUGUGCAACAAAAAUGUCACUUUAUCCCAGUGUGAAUGAGUAGUCUUAAUUCCCCUUCUACCAUUGAUUUAAACAUACAUGUUGGUAAGAGUGAGACUGCCCAUGUGUUUAGAAUUUUUUAAAUGAAAUGAUCAGGUGGAAUUUUGAAAUAUAUUCUUCUACAAAAGAGAUUUCUUUCCCUUUCAUAUUUUGAUGAUUGUUUUCUUAUAUGAAGAUUAAGAUAUGUUCUUGCUCUUUUAUAAGAUUAUUUAAAUUAUGUUUCCCUCUGAUUUUUUUUUUUCACUAUUGUAUUUACUAAGUUAUUGGAUUUACAUGAAAUCUGGCACUUUUAGGGUGUUCUUUUUCUCACAGAGUAUAUUUAAUAAAAAUGCUGUGUAUAUAGAAA